GACUGAGCCUGUGUAGCUUCAUAAAGCAGGCCGUCAAUCACGAUAGUCAGAGUUAUUCACUAUCUGCCGCUUCCGGUUUCGCUCUGGACUUCAGCGGGCGCCAACUCGGGAAAAACCUAUCGAGAAUUUUCUCUGUUAUCCAGGACUGUUCAAUCCUGUUCAGAGUGUGGUUUGGAAUGAUUACUGGACGACUAUUCCGUUCGUGGACUUAAUAUUGGCUUCCUCAAGACUUUUACAGCACUUUAAAGAGAAAGAAGAUCACCUGUAGCCGUUGACCAAUGACACCUGUUGUCUCUUCAGCGCUCGCUUUGAGGGAAACUGUGCUGUAGACAAACUACGAGGAUUUUUGAACGUUUGAUGACGCAGUUAAGAUGAAAGUGACGGUAAAUUUUGGGGAAACGAGGAUUGUCGUUCCGUGUAAAGACGGUUGGAUGGUGCGGGAUUUGAUCGAUCAAGCCACUCAGAGAUACAAGAAGAUUGUUGAACAGGAUGGGGAAUUCCUGGUGCGGACGCUCCAUGUGGAGUAUGUGGACGGGGGGAUCCUGGACCCAGAUGACAUGCUAACGGACCUGGUAGAGGACAAAGACAAGCUGAAGGCUGUGUAUGAGAAGAUGGAGCUCCAGCAGAGGGCGAUGGUGAGUCCUGGGGGGAGUGUGGCGUCCGGUCACUCCAGCCCAAACCCCUCUGAACCUGAGCUCAGUGUCCUGCAGCCCUACCUGGGCAGUGAGAUAGAGGUCACCCCCUCCACCCUCAAAUCAACCACACCUCUGUCCGUGCGAAGCAGCAGUGACCCCGCCCUCGCCCCGCCCCUGGAUGUCAUUUCAUUGGAUGCUGAGGACAUCAGCAGACCCCAGUCCACUGGUGUCGGUCAUGCAGCCACUGUGAAGGGAGGAGCCAUGGACAAAUCCAAGGUGGACGUCCCAAACUCCAGGACCGCACAAGUCGAAUUAAGCAGCCUCACGCGGACGGUGGAGAUUUUUGGAGACCUCGGGCCUCUGGGCAUCAAAGUCAUAUCAUACUGCUCCUCACUGAGUGGAAGGACUCUGGGUCUAAAUAUCCGAGCCAUCGAGAAGAACAGCCGCUCUGAACGAGAAAGGAUCUUUGAAGAGGACGAGUGCAUCGUACAGAUCAAUGACACCGAGUUAAUAGACAAGUCCUUCGCUCAGUCUCAAGAAGUGUUUCGGCAAGCCAUGUCCUUGCCCACCGUACGUUUGGAGGUGCUUCCUGUCGCCAACAAGCUCCGCUAUGAAAAGAGCCUCAUCGGUCAGCUUUUCAACAACGCCGAACCAAUCCCCACAGUCCCUAAAGUCAAGAGUCCUUUCUUGGUUCAUAGACUCGGUCCGAGCACUACGUCGACGCCGUCUCCAGAGCCGCCUGCGUCACAGACCCCGCCCCAAAAGGAGGAGGAGCAACUUCAACCCACAAGACACACCCCCGUUGAAACAGAUCAUCGCAGAGCCACGCCUUCUCCUCCGGUCAGCGCGUCACCCACCCUGAAAGAUCGCAGCGAGAGCCCCGCCCCCAAAAAGACCCCGGCCCUCGCCAUGCUGGUUAAUAUGAUCAACAAAAAGUCGAUGAGGAAAAUGAAGAUCGAUUUGAAGAAAGGUACGGAGGGCCUCGGAUUCACGGUGGUAACCAGAGACUCGUCCCUUCAUGGUCCAGGACCCAUUAUGGUCAAGAGCAUCCUGCCCCGCGGAGCUGCUGUUAAAGACGGACGGCUCAAGUCCGGAGACCGUAUCCUGGAGGUAAAUGGAGUGGACAUCACAGGACGCACACAAGAGGAACUGGUGGCUAUGCUGCGGAGCACCAAACUGGGAGAAACCGUGUCUCUGGUAGUCGGAAGACAAGAAGAGUUUCUGCCCAGAGAGCUGAAAGGAGAGCCGUCGGGUCCACUGCUUUCGGAGGACGGGCGAGAGCAGCUGAUGUUUGAAGUUCCUUUGAAUGACUCCGGCUCAGCUGGUCUGGGGGUCAGUCUGAAGGGUAAUAAGUCCCGAGAGACCGGAGAAGACCUGGGCAUCUUCAUCAAGUCCAUCAUCCACGGCGGUGCCGCACAUAAGGACGGUCGCUUGCGUGUCAAUGACCAGCUGAUAGCUGUUAAUAGCGAAUCGCUGCUUGGACGCUCUAACCACGAUGCCAUGGAAACUCUGCGGCACUCCAUGUCGACUGAAGGAAACCUCAGAGGAAUCAUCCAGCUGGUGGUUCUGCGUUCUGUGGAGCGCUCGCCUGCACAGGAAAAUCAAGAAACCAGUCCAAGUGUCAGCAGAAACGAGUCUCCUGUUCAUCUUCGUCCAAACACCAACCACACCAACAGUUCCGCACCACCAUCCACAGCAAACAACCGCAUGUACGAGGCCGCUCCUGCUGCAUACAGACCCCCUGUUGGACCGCAGGAGCUGCCGGAGGAAGAUUACGAUGACAACGAUUUCCCCCCUCCACCUUCUGAUCUGGACCUGCUGGAAACAAACCUUCCACAAAAACACCAACAAAAUCGGACUGAAAUGGAGCCUGUUUCCUACCAACCCACCAACCAACAAUACCCUCAACGACAAAAACUCCCAGAUUACCCCACCAACAAGUCUUCCAAGAGCAUGGAUUUAGUGGCAGAUGAGAGUAACAUGGCCUCCAUUCAAGGACAAAGACCUGAACCCCUCUCCUCUAACGGGAUGGCGCUGGGACCCCGGUUAGGUCUGCAGAAGUCCAGUUCUCUAGAGAGUCUCCAGACAGCCAUGGAGGAGGUCAGUAAGGACGAGGUGCCCUUCCAUCGUCCACGCACGCACAUGGUGAGGGGCCGAGGAUGCAACCUCAGCUUCCGCUACGCCAUCGACAAGUCCUACGACGGGCCGUCUGAACCUGAGGAUGAUGACUCUGAGGAAGACUCCGGAAGAGACACGCCUGCCAGCAGCUCCUCUCGACAGGAACUGGAUGAUGACAAGAAGGUAAAGAAAAAGAAAACCAAAAAGAAGAAAGAGAAAAAGACCAAGAAGAAGGACGAGCCCGAAGACCCUGACAGAAAGACAAAGAAGAAAGGAUUUGGACUGUUGAGCAUGGAGACCCCGCCUGACCUCAGAUCAGUGCAGAAGAAUAUGUUUGGGAGAAAAAACAAAGCCAAGGCUAAGGAACUGGGAGCUUUGAGUGAAGAGGAGGUGGACAAGAGUGAACCUGAGAUGUUUCUGUCAAAGAGUGAAAGGAGCAGCCCUGCUCCUGAACGUGCCGUCUUCCCGGACGUCGAAGACGACGAUCUGGAUCCAAACUACGCUCGCAUCAGCAAUUUCAGAGAGCCCCCUGCCUCCAGUCAAUCUCCCCAUCCACCUGGAACUCCCACCCAUAACUACUCUCAGCCUACAGUCCCCGCCCCCAACAGGGUGCCGCCCAAUGAGGAUGCGCUAGAGGGGCUUUAUGCAAAAGUGAACAAGCAAAGAACCGCCCCUCCAAAGACUGACAGUAAUGAAGACCGAUUGCAGCAAAUCAGAAAUCAGCUUCAGCAGGUGAGACCGGCUCCAUCCUACGAUGAUCUGACCGCCCGAAGACGACCGGAGUACGACCCUUCACGAAUCAGAGGGCCCGAUCCACGAAUGGCUCCCAGAUACAAUGACUCUGAUCGGCUGUACGCCUCCGUGCCCAGGAAGAUGCCAGUGGAGGACUACCCAAACCAGAACUGGGCCAACCAGAGAGACCCCGUCCAGUACCCCAACCCCAUCUAUGAGACCCAUCAAGACAACUAUCCUCCACGAUCACCCCGGUUGCCCGUACCCAGAACCGCAGAGGCCACGGGUGGUUACUAUCCCCAAACUCCAACCCAACAGAGAGGUCCCGUGAGACAGGACGUCCCUCCCGCAUCAAACCCAGGUGCCAGAGCACCACCGCGUUACGAAACCCUAAACCAGGGGAACUAUCGGGCGGCCAGUCCCGAUCGCUACAGCCCAUACGGAGAUGAACAAUACCAAGAUCCCCGGCAGAAGAAACCAAUGAUUGGAGCCGUCUAGACGAGGAGGAAGUAGGUUUGUGCCGAAAAAGUUCUGCGGUUAUGUAAGUGUGUCAUUUACAGGAACAGUCUAAUUAGUUUUCUGAGACUAAUGAGAAGAAAAAGCAAAUAAAAUUGCUUUGAUACAGCCAUCGAUUACUCCGAAGUCACUAGUUAAGUGAAGUUUGUGAUUUUGUUUUGGAUGUCAGCCAUUUUUCCUCAUAAUUAGCAUCAGUUCUGAACAUCAAGUUGAUUCUACACCAGUUGAGUUUGAAUUGUACAGCUGAAAGAAGCAUAUGGGUUUGUAUAUAUGUACGUUUUGCAUGUAUUUAAUUCAGUGCAUCACACGAAUGUGUAUAUGAUGGUCUGCUGUUGUUAGUGUGCCCAUUUCUGAUCGGUAGUCUCUUAUUAUCCUAAAAUAAACUUUGUUUGUUUAUACAUUGGGUGCCUUAUGUUAGCUUGGGUGAGAAGUUUUUAAAUGUGAAGAAAUUCGCCAUCAGUUUAAUUUUUUGUGGUUAUAUAAAAUGUUUUUUAGAUUUUCAUUCUGCUUUAUUGUCUGCGCAGUAACUCUGUUCUCCUAAAACACUCCAUUAACUUUGUUUUUCUUGUUUUUACUCUGCGAAUCAAUCCUAAAGUGUUUUUUCAUGUGAUGUUUUGAGGGUAAUAUUGUCUUUCACUCACCUCCCACUUGAUUGAUUUUAGCAAAGCCAUUCUGAGGACCAAAAACAACAAAACGGACAAGGAUACACAAACAGCCGAUCCGAUAUUGUUGUCAUGUCUUUUCUUUCAUCUUAGGUUGAGGUUUUUACAUUCCUGGUGUUUGUUUUCCCUUUUCAGCUGUUUUAUCUAAAAAUGCUGCGACAAGAAAUGCUGCCCCCUGGGUGCAAUACACAGCGCUCUGUGCACAGGGCUCUUUAUUAUUGUUGUUGGAUCACUGCUUUAAAAACAAGACCUGAUAUCCUUGGUUUGUAAAAUUAUCUGUUUAUUAUAGCUAGGAGAUAUACUGCCAGUCAAAACAGGAUCUUGCAAGAACCAACUUUUUUUGCACCCACUUUAUGUUGAGUUUUUUGCACAUUUAAUGCCUGAAUAAAGUGGUUUACAGGAAAAUGGCGAGAUAGAAACUGAGGAUACUGAGAAUAUAUGAAGUUUUGUGUAUUUUACUUGUAAGAUUUUACCUUAUAUACAUAUGCUACUCUAUCAACUUUAAAUGGUAUGUAUGGAUAAUCAAUCGGUGUUCGAUCUUGUCAUUAAAAAGUUGAUUUUAAUUUCUAUAUUUUUAUAUCACAUUUUUAAUUCAACGUUUAUGGAAAAUCUACAAUGUGUUUAUUUUGCUUUGAUUUUAUUUUAAUGGUUUAUUUAAUCUUUUAUACUUGUUUGCUUUAUUAACAACUGUUAAAGGAUUUUUUGUCAAUUUAUUUUGAAACCUAACAAAAGAGACAAAAUGCUGUGCAAUUUAGCCUUUUGUAAAUUUAAAUUAGACUUUUUCACAAUUUUUGAUUGUUUUUUGCUCUCUUGUAUUUUUGUGAAAAUCAAGAUGCUGUUCUGCAUAAUUUGUGAACUCAAAUAACAUGGAUGACUAUAAUUUUUGCUGUUGUUUUGAUACCUUAUUUUAGUUGUUUUUACUUUUGAAGUCGGGCAAAUGUAAUAUUAAAUGGAAAGAGAUGCGAGUGCUGCCACUAUACAUGCCAUAACCAAAAAUUAAUGUACAUAUAGGCCUACAUUGUGGGGUAUGGCAUUAAUUCACAUUACUUAUGACAUUUUGGUACCUUUUUUUAUUUUAAAUGAAACUGUAGGGUUUUUUUGUAAAUAAAGUGGUGUUUUGGUUCAUGACUUCA